AUGACUUAUCAGUUAUAUAGAAAUACAACUCUAGGCAAUACUCUUCAAGAAAGCCUUGACGAGCUAUUACAAUAUGGACAGAUUACCCAACAGCUUGCCAUGAAGGUUCUUUUACAGUUUGACAAAUGUAUUAACAAUGCGCUGGCAACAAGAGUGAAGUCUAGACUCACUUUUAAGGCUGGGAAAUUGAAUACUUACCGAUUCUGUGAUAAUGUGUGGACCUUCAUGUUAAAUGAUGUUGAAUUCCGAGAAGUACAAGAAGUUGCUAAAGUAGAUAAAGUAAAAAUAGUUGCUUGUGAUGGAAAGAGUAUGCAAUCAUAA